AUGGACGUCCACAAUGCUUUCCUUCACGGAGACUUAGCUGAGGAGAUAUAUAUGUCUCUGCCACCAGGUCUUCGGCGCCAAGGGGAGGAUCAUCUAGUUUGUCGCCUCCACAAGUCCCUUUACGGUUUAAAACAGGCAUCCCGCCAGUGGUUUGCCAAAUUUUCCGAAGCUAUGCAUUCUGCUGGUUUUAUACAAUCAAGAGCAGAUUAUUCUCUAUUCACCAGGAAGCAGGGUAUGUCCUUUACUGUUCUCUUGAUAUACGUUGAUGAUAUCUUGAUCACUGGAAAUGAUCUGGUUAACAUUGCUGCAACUAAACAAUUCCUGCAUAAACAUUUUCAUAUCAAAGAUCUUGGUGAUUUAAAAUACUUUCUUGGAAUUGAGGUGUCUACUUCAAAGAAUGGAAUUUUCAUUUCACAACGUAAAUAUGCACUGGAAGUCAUUGAGGAUGCAGGUUUGUCAGGUGCUGCUCCUAUUAAUACUCCUAUGGAACGGGGCUUGAAAUUAUCAGACAAGAGCACCCUGCUCAAGGAUACAAACCGGUAUAGAAGAUUGGUGGGUCGGUUAAUUUAUUUGACUGUAUCAAGGCCAGACAUAACGUAUGCUGUACAUGUCUUGAGUAGAUUUAUGCAGCAGCCCCGAAAACUUCAUAUGGAGGCAGCUCUUCGAGUUGUUCGAUAUCUAAAAGGUGCACCUGGCCGAGGCUUAUUUUUCUCUUCGAAGAGUGAUUUAAAAUUGAGAGCUUAUUGUGACUCAGAUUGGGCAGGCUGUCCACUCACUAGGAGAUCUACAACAGGCUAUUGUGUUUUUCUUGGACCUUCACUGAUAUCCUGGAGGUCGAAGCGCCAGAAAACAGUUUCGCUUUCUUCUGCUGAAGCAGAAUACCGAGCAAUGACAGGAGCCUGCUGUGAGUUAACAUGGUUGCGAUGUCUACUGAAAGACUUGGGAAUUUCACACCGUGAAUCUGCCUUACUAUAUUGUGACAAUAAAGCUGCAUUACACAUUGCAGCCAAUCCAGUGUUUCAUGAGAGAACUAGGCACAUUGAAAUGGAUUGUCACUACAUCCGAGACAAGAUUCAAGAUGGUUCUAUUACUACAAAACAUGUCGACUCUGCACAUCAACUAGCAGAUGUCUUGACUAAGCCCCUGGGAAAAGAGAUCUUUGUUCCUAUGGUUAGCAAGUUAGGAGUGCAGGAUAUCCACUCUCCAACUUGAGGGGGAGUGUUAGGAAAUGAAA